AUGAAUCGAGGUGAAUCUCUUGUAGAAGAUUUAAAAGUAAUGGUAAACAAUUCUCGAUUUAGUGAUGUCAAAAUCAAAUGCUCUGAUUACAAAGACAAUAAUGACAUUCUUUAUGGUUGUCGGAUGGUUUUGGCGGCACGCUGCGAAGUUUUCGAAAAACUGCUUUUUAACGGAAUGCGUGAAACUCACGAACCAGAAAUAGUUUUUCCAGAAAUAUCGACUUUAGCUAUGAAAGUUGUAUUGGAAUUCAUUUAUACUGGUACUGUCGAUGAAAACAACUUGAAUGUUACCAACGCAAUUGACGUAUACUAUGCUGCAAAUUAUUUACUUCUACCUGCUUUGGAAGAAGUUACAUUUUCGUUUAUUGAGAGAAUACUUUCAAGUAACAUCAAAACUAGUAUUGUUAAACUUUUCUCGGCAAUGAUCACUAAAUUUGACGUACAGGAAUUUAAAGAGUCUCGCUUAUUCCAACUGCUUUGCAAAAAAAUGAUGAAAAUUCCGUUAGGCACCCUUGCAUUUGAAGAGAUAUCCUUUGAUGUGCUAAAAGUGCUAUUAUCACAAACGCUCGAUCAAGAUGAAUACUUUGCCACGUCUGAAUACGGCGUUUUUCGAUAUGUUGUCCUAUGGGGAGCUAACAAGGUUUCAACACAAGCUCUCGCUGCGUAUGUUAAAGUCUUGCCUCCCGAUGAUUCUGUCGAAGCAUUUUGCGAUGAGCUUAGCCAAAAAAACGAGGAAUUGAUUGAAGAAUCGAAAUAUCGAAAAUAUCGUCAACAAAUACUGAAGCAAAUUGGUCAUUUAUUACCUCUUAUCAAUUUGAAAUUGAUAAAUAUGAGAAUUUUGGCUUUGAUAAUUGAUCCUUUAAGGUUAAAUUGCGUAGAAUGUCUGAAUAAAGCGUACCGAUUUCAUGCUAUUUCAAAUAAUCCUACGAAAACGACACGAGGAUCAUUCGUAAAUAGAAAAAUAACCUGGGAUAAAACCAAGUGUGGACCGCAUUUAAUUGUCAACGAUGACGGAACUAUAGUUGAAUCAUUUAUCAGAAAUCGUAGUCAAAUGGUCAUAGCCAAGCAAGCUUUCAAAGGUGAAGACUUUCUUCAAUGGGAUAUCGUUAUAGAGAAAACCACCAAAUAUGUAGCGAUUGGAGUGAUCUCUUAUACUGAAAUAGAAAAACCUGAACCUGAACUUUCCAAGAGUCUUAUCUGGCAACCUAAUUGUUGGUGCAUUAGCUCUGAUGGCUCAUAUCACGAUUUAACAAGCUCAAGAGGAUAUGAAUUAGAAGCUUUCAAAGAAGGUGAUACGGUCACAACUCACUUGGAUAUGUCAAAAAGAACUCUCUCCUUCUCUAUAAACGGAAGGAAAAUGGAAACAGCCUUCCGCAAUAUCGCAGAUAAAGUUUAUCCAGCAAUUUCUCUAUCUUCACUUGGAAAGUUACGUAUUAAAAGUCUCAGUCUACCUGAGGAAAAACUUUCUACCGAUUUUAAACCAGAUUAUAACGAUAUGGGGAACGCAAGUUGGUGGGACACAACGGAGUCGGAGACAAAUGGGUGGGACUAG